GUAUUGGACACUGCCAUUUUCUCUAACCUCCCAAACAAUCUCCAAUUCCCAAUUUGAAGUUUGAUUUUCGAUUUACAAUCUGAAUUCCACUUCAGAUUUACAGGUUUCAGUAUCUAAAUUGGAACAGUGGGAUACCGUUUGAUGCAUAUGAGUGUCGUUUGUAUGGAAAAUUUCACUUCAUUCAGAGAAAUUGAAGUUCAAAUUUGAAGGAUCAGGCGAUCCUUUUGUUGAUUUUGCUUCGUAUCGAUUUCUAUUUCGCAUCAUAUUCAUACAUCGAAUAUCUUAACUUGUGCUCUAGGCAAUUCUGCGAUGCACCGUGUGGGUAGUGCAGGCAACACCUCCAAUUCAGUUCGUGCUCGUAAGGAGAAGAGAUUGACUUAUGUGUUGAAUGAUGCUGAUGAUACAAAGCAUUGUGCAGGGGUAAAUAGUUUGGCACUACUAAAGUCAUCAGCACCACAUAAUGGUAGUUACCUCUUCACUGGUAGCCGUGAUGGCACGUUAAGGAGAUGGGAAUUAGCUGAAGACGGUGCUACCUGCUCAACUACAUUUGAGUCUCAUGUUGAUUGGGUCAAUGAUGCAGUCCUUGUAGGCGGGAAUACCCUUGUCUCCUGCUCCUCAGAUACCACUGUUAAGACAUGGGAUUGCUUAUCGGAUGGGACUUGCACAGGGACUUUCCGUCAACACACAGAUUAUGUCACUUGUCUAGCUGCUGCAGAGAGAAAUAGCAAUAUUGUUGCCUCUGGUGGCCUGGGUGGUGAGGUUUUCAUAUGGGAUCUUGAAGCUGCACUUGCUCCACUCACCAAGUCCAAUGAGGCUGAUGAUGAUUGCUCAAAUGACAUCAAUGGUUCAGGAAAUUCACUGCCAGUUACCAGUAUGCGGACUAUUAGCUCAAGCAACAGCAUUUCGUCACACACAAAUCAACCUCAAGGAUAUGUUCCCAUUGUUGCUAAAGGACAUAAGGAGUCUGUGUAUGCAUUAGCAAUGAAUGAUAGUGGAACUCUUCUGGUGUCAGGUGGGACAGAAAAGGCUGUACGUGUUUGGGACUCAAGAACUGGUUCCAAAACGAUGAAACUGCGAGGGCACACAGAUAAUGUUAGGGCUCUGCUUCUAGACUCCACGGGGAGGUUUUGCUUAUCAGGAUCCUCUGAUUCUAUGAUCAGAUUAUGGGAUCUUGGGCAGCAGCGCUGUGUGCACUCAUAUGCUGUUCAUAUGGAUUCUGUAUGGGCACUUGUUAGCACUCCAUCGUUUAGUCAUGUGUAUAGUGGUGGAAGAGAUCUUUCUUUAUACUUGACAGACCUCGCAACAAGGGAGAGUAUAUUACUUUGCACAAGGGAACAUCCUAUUCAGAAAUUAGCGCUGCAUGAUGAUGGCAUAUGGGUUGCAACAACAGAUUCUUCUGUGCAUAGAUGGCCCGUUGAAGAUCACAAUCCUCAGAAGGUGUUUCACAGAGGCAGUUCCUUCCUUGCUGGAAAUUUGUCAUUUUCGAGGGCAAGAGCUUCCUUGGAAGGAUCUACCCCUGUCCCUGUCUACAGAGAACCAACACUCACUAUUGGUGGAAAUCCUGGCAUUGUGCAACAUGAAAUUUUGAAUAAUAGAAGGCAUGUCCUAACUAAGGAUAAUGCUGGUUCUGUGAAGCUUUGGGAAAUCACUAGAGGUGUUGCGAUUCAGGACUACGGACAGGUUCCAUUCGAAAAGAAGAAGGAAGAACUUUUUGAGAUGGUAAGCAUUCCUGCAUGGUUCACUGUAGACACUAGGUUAGGGAGCUUGUCUGUGCAUUUGGAUACCCCACAAUGCUUCUCCGCUGAGAUGUAUUCUAUUGACCUUAAGAUCACUGAGAAAGCUGAGGAUGAUAAGAUUAACUUGGCACGAGAAACCCUCAAAGGCUUGUUGACUCAUUGGUUGGCUAAGAAAAAACAUAGAUCUGGAUCUCAACCUUCAGCCGAUGGGGAAGUUCCAUCUGGCAGGGAUAUUUCUGCCAGGAGUAUCACACUUUCAAGAGUCGAAGUAGAUGGUUCUGCUGAAAACGAUCCUUCAGUCUAUCCUCCAUUUGAAUUCUCAACUGUUUCCGCUCCUUCAAUUAUUACCGAGGGUUCUCACAGUGGUCCAUGGAGGAGGAAAAUUACGGAGCUGGAUGGAACUGAAGAUGAAGACUUCCCUUGGUGGGUUUUAGAUUGUGUUUUGCAUAAUCGUCUUCCCCCCAGGGAACAUACCAAGUGCAGCUUUUACUUGCAGCCAUAUGAAGGUUCAGCUCUCCAGAUCUUGACUCAAGGGAAGCUGAGUGCACCUCGUAUUUUAAGAAUACACAAGGUUGUUAACUAUGUUGUGGAGAAGCUGGUUCUGGACAAGCCGUUGGAUGGUUUAAGUAAUGAUGGCACUUCUGCUCCUGGCCUGCCUGGAGGGCAGUUGCAGAAUUCAUCUGUUAAUGGAGAUGGUUCAUUUAGAUCUGAAUCAAAGCCUGGGCAAAAGCUAAAACCGGCAAUAGAGAUAUUAUGCAAUAAUCAGGUCUUAACUCCUGAAAUGAGCUUGGCUACCGUCCGGGCUUAUAUCUGGAAAAAGUCAGAGGACCUUGUUCUCAACUAUCGGGUCAUGCCAGGGAGAUGAAUCGGUUGUAUUCACAAGGUUGGUACGUAUCUUAUCUCGAUGGAUUUUCAUGCUUCUAGGAUGCUCGGGGCGUCUCGUCAAAUCCAUCUAUAUCCGAGACAAAUUAGGUUUCCAAAUCAUGAAACACUUCAAAGGACCUGAUCAUCAAUUGGAGAUCAAACGACUUCAAAAAGACGAGUAUUCCAGUACAGAACAAUAUCAAGUUCAUAGUACGCUUUGAUGGUUAAUGAGAUGAUAUCGAAAAGCCUUUGUAGAAUUUCAAUUUCCUCGGCCUUAAACAAUUGUGGCUAUUGAGUUUAUCAGUGCUGAUGUCUUACAGUCGCAAUUUGCCGGUAUUAGUCUGGGUAUAGCUCAGUACAACCUUAAAAUAAAAAAAACCCCCCAGAAAUGCUAGUUGGAAGGAAAAUUCAUUGCUUAAUAUGCAAAUAAGACCAUUCUCAGUCACAUGUAGCACCCCAAUAAGUUUGUCCUAUUUAAUCAAAACGUUAGGGAGGUUGUUAAGAAGAUUCUGUGCAUGGAGCAUUUGUACAUCGAUAGGAAUCAGUUAAGCAGUGCUGAAUUUAGGCUUUUGGCUCAUUUGUUUUUGGGC